AUGUCGGCCAAAGUCAAAGAGGUUGCCAGAGACGAAGCCGAGCGGGUGCGCUCGCUCGCUACCCAGGCCGUGAACUCAGGAGCCUAUGCGUACCCUUUGAAGGGCUUCCUCUACUUUCUCUCCCACCGCAGCCUCUGGAAGCCGAUGCAAUCCAAGCUUGCCCCGGUUAUCAGCACUGGUGUUGGCGUCACCACCUUCAUGUUUGUCUUUACCUACCUACCCCAGGCAGCCAUUCUCACCAUCUUCAACGGCCCGCUGGCUGCUUUGACGACCAUCUUGCUCGUGCUCAGCGAGAGCUCAACCAUCGCAAAUCUGCUCAGCCGUACCUUCUUUAUCGACGACGCCCUUAUCGAUACCUUCGAUGGAACUCUUGUCUCACGAGGAAUGACCUCUCUUGUCUCCGAAGGCCGUCAAAUCAAGCCUGGAUCGGACCCUAUUGGCAAGUUGGGCAAACUCAUGCAGAAGCCUUUUGCGCGGUUCUCUCCUGAUGCCAUCAUCCGUUACUUGAUUUACCUGCCUCUCAACCUCAUUCCCGUUGUUGGAACCGUCAUGUUCAUCAUCCUUCGAGGCCGCAAGGCUGGACCAGCCGCACAUGCUCGGUAUUUCCAACUCAAAGGCAUGAAGUCUCGCCAGAAGGAGGACUUCAUCGAGCAGAGGAAAGCGGCCUAUACGAGCUUCGGAGUUCCCGCUGUUCUACUGGAGCUGAUUCCCGUUGCUGGACUGUUCUUUUCCUUCACUAACACCGUCGGUGCUGCUCUUUGGGCAGCUGACAUGGAGCAAAGCAACACUACGGCCCCGAAUCUCAGAGACCAAGCGGCCAAGGCGGAAUGA